AUGGAACAGGAGGAAUAGCUACUGAUUUCUUAAAAUUAGGUUUCAGAUGAGUUGGCACAUCAAAUCAAUAUUUAAACUAAAAUUAACACUGUAGACGGUCAUAUAAGGCCCCUACCUGCUUAGCAUUUUAAUAAGAGAGAUAAGUUGGGUGUCGUCAUUAUAAUUUUGGUAUAUGCUUUGAUGACAAAGAUCUACUUGUUUACAAUGGUUCAUACUCUUGGAGAUAAGAUAUAAAAUGCUGAAGCAGGUGCUAUAGUAAAUGGCUUUUUCCUAACAUUUUUUGUUGUAUUGUCAGUAGUUUCACACUUCAGAUGUAUGACAACAAAUCCCGGAUUCCUGCCUAAAAACUAUGAUUCUCUAUCAGAAAAAAAUCUUUCGAAUAGAUUUUUAAAGCUUAUCUAAGAAAGAGAAAGUAUUCAUCAAAGUGCUCUGAUUAGAAAGUUGUAAAGACAAGGAAUGGAAGAAACUGAAGCACAAUAGGUAGCUUUGAGAUAAUCUUCCUUAGAUAUUCAAGAAAAGUUGCCGAAUAAUGGGAAAGCUAACAGAACUUCAUCAAAUUUAAGUUCAGCCUUGUCGUCAAGCCUCAAGGUAAGAAGAAACACCUAUGUAGACAAAAUUAUCGAGAAGAAAUGCUACAAAUGCAACUCAGUAAAACCACCGAAUGCUCAUCACUGUGCAAAUUGCAAUCACUGUGUUGCAUAUAUGGACCAUCACUGUCCGUGGAUUAAUAAUUGCGUUGGCUUGUAUACUCAAAAACUAUUUGUGCUCUUCAACUUCUAUACCUUGAUUUCUAUCAUUUACAUUUUAAGCUUGUUGAUUACAGAUGGCUUUUAUAAGCUUAGAAAUCACUCCACAAUCUAUGGAGCAAAUUAGAAGAUCAAAAUGUAAUUAAGUGAUUUCUUAUAAGUUUUAUGUAUUUUUGAGUGCAUUACUUUUGGAUUAUUUAUUAUUGUUGUGUUCUUCGAUCAGAUUUCAAUCAUCUUGAACAGAUUAACAGUUAUUGAUAAAGUGAGAUUAUAUGAUAAUAGGCUUACCCAAUACAAGAAAAGAGGAUGUAAGAAUUACAAAGUCACCUUCGGGGGGCCAUUCUCUAUUUGGUGGUUCAUCCCUACUCCCAUUGAGGGUACAUUUGAUGUCGAGGAACUAUUUAACUGA